UUGCCGCUGGUCGCGGUUACUGAUGCUGCUGUUUUUCUGCUAAACGUGCGAGAUUUGGUUAACCAUCGAAUAAUACCUAAUUUGAUCCCUUAGUGGCCGAGCUGCUACAAAUACGGCCAACACACAGAGUUUUCCCGGUCUGCACCGAGGAAUUCGGUCUGCCGAAAUCCCAGCGAGUGUGUGCGGCGCGGGCACUGCUGUCAAGUUUAGAGGCUCUGAUAGAUUUCUGAUCUGACACAGGCGUAAUUAAUUACGGGAUGCGCAGGAUACGACUGGAUCGGAUAUGAGAUGAUCCCCAUGAGACGUGGCUAGUUAAUACAAUAUGUUGUCGAUAGACUGAUUCCAAUGGACUAUUAAAAUUCCAUUCGAUUUUAUACAUAUAUAUGCCGCGCCGCCGCGCUUGCUUAGCCUUAGCUUAUCGGCGCACGCAACAUAUUUCCCCGUCUUAUCACACAGUGCUACAGGAAACGCACUGGGGAUAAGAUUUUAAUCCAUAUUUGUGCCGACAAGAAAACAGUCAUUAUUUCCACUCAGAUGCUUCUUUAAGGCUGCUGCUGCACUGCCCCGAUCGGUGUCGUGCUGCAGCCAGCCGGGGCGCUGCCUCUGGAUACACUUAACGUGUAUAUACACUCGGUGUUCGCCGGGAAUUGGUAAAUACUGAUCUCGGGCCUUUGUACAUGUACGGUUAAAGGACAUAUUGUUAAAUGGCACACUGAGGAUAAGGUGUCACAUCGCCUGGGUAUCGUUUCUCCCCUGAACCCUCCAUAAUUUCCACAAUCACAACAGUCAGCCCAUUUUUGCCGGCUUCUGUGUAUCAUUAUUUCCGGCCAAUACACAACACUUUAGGACUGCCAAGAAAUUAUAUACCCAACGACGGCAACAUUUCCAGCCCGGCGAAGAUGCGGCUCAUAUACCACCUUAAGGAUAACUUCCCACCUGCCGCAACUUUGAUGUCCACUUUGACUGCCUAUUGGAAGUUAUUGAUUAUUCCCAGCUUAUUAUCCUUCACCAUGUUCCCUUGUGAUGCAAAGCAUCAUAACAAAAGAAUCAUCGCAAAACAUUCCACCUUAAAUCUACACCAUAAGUUGCCGCAGUUUGACCCGGGAUUGCCAGCAAACUUUACGAUUGAGAAAGGAAAUCCAGUUGAACUGCCGUGCAGGAUAUCAAAUCAAGGAAAAAAUAUGGUGUCGUGGGUCAAGUACAACAAUCGCCAUUUCCAUGUACUAUCAGUAGGCGAUAUAUUGUUGACGGAAGAUGAAAGAAUAACAUUGAGCAAAAACGAAGGACCUUCAGACUGGGCCUUGACAAUCACCAAAGUCAAACUGUCGGACUCCGGAGUUUAUGAAUGUCAGAUUGGAACUUCCCCAAAACUGGGCAGGAACGUCACCCUGCAUGUCCACCGUGAGUUAUUGGAUAACAACAUCCACAACUGGACGUCACCUUUUACUUGGUCUAAUCAAACACAGAGUCCUCCGAAAAGAUCGUCAAGUUUAGCAUCUCAUCUACGGUAUUCCAGCAUAACCACUUUGUUUGUUUGGACAAUCAUGUCGUUUCUUAGGCCGCACUUCGCUGUAGUAUAAUGAUGCAGAAUAGAAGCCAACACUACCGUUCUCGUCAAUAUCAAACUAUUGGAACACCUUGGCUAACAAGAACUACUGCACCUUCGAAAAUGAUCAUUGCUCAGCGGAAUUAGCCGCCUUUUUUGUGAUCCAUUCUCAAAUAAAAUCGAAAAUUGUACUAACUUCUGUUUAAUGACACUGCAGUGAAUUUUUUGGUCGACCUGUCGAAGCUCGUGUACAGAGUUAGAACUACAAUUGUAUAUGCAUUUUUACAAGCAUAUCAUUUUGAUGCUCUGCAAUAGCGCUU